CUGAAACUUACUUUACUGGGUGUUAAGAUAUUUCCUUAUUGUUUCACUCCGGACAGAAAUUUCAACAAUAAAGAAGAAAUCAUCGUCUUUGAGGAUGAAGCCAGCCUUGAUUUUGAGGUGAAAACAUGAUUCCUCAUGCCAUAAUCUCUGCAAUCUUCUUCUUCUUCUUCACCCGAUCAUCGGCAUGCCCCCUGGAUCUAGAAUACGUGGUCAAAAUCCCCUGGGACACCUCCUCUUGCCGGCCGUCAACGGGUAUUCCUUCCCCCAAUUGCUGCCAAACGCUCACCAGCCUCUACGGCGUCGCCUUCGCGCACCGCUUGAAAAACACAUCCCUAUUCCGCCUCCCCGACCUCGAAACGGCGUCGUCCUGCCUCUCCAAUUUCCAAUCCAAACUCGACCGCCUCGCCCUCCCGCGCCAAAUCGCCUCCGCCUGCUUCGCGCCGCACCGCUUCGUCAACACCACCGACGUCUGCGCGGGCCUCCAGACCAGGCGCGACUGGGUGGCGCUGCUGGGGGAGUCCACGCCUCUCGACCUCGCGUGCCGCCGCGAUCUGUCUGACCUCGGCGCCUGCGAUGCCUGCGUCGGCGCGGGGUUUAGGGCGCAGUCGCGAUUGCUGGAGAUUGAUGGGAAUAUCUCGCACUCCACUGGCUGCUUUCAUUAUACGAUUCUGUAUGCCGCUGGAGUGGUCAAUGAGCUCGGGCCUCACAGCACCGGAGCGCUCUCUUGUAUCUUCGGCUUGCCUUUGCUCUCCCGCGGAGCCGGAGGAGGGGAUCGGAGCCUCAUCCUUGCCGCCGCCGGCGCUGGUUUCGCCGCCGUGGUGGUGACUUGCCUCGUCGCUUUCCUACUCAAAGGAGUGAUCGGAGAGAAGCAGGUGGCAGCCUCAGAGUCGGAUGGGUUUCCGAGCUCGGAUUCCGACUCCUCGGACGAUAGGCCGCUGCUCAACUGGAGGCCCAAGACGGACACAUUGUGGUACAAAAUCAAUGAUAUUGAGAAAGCAACUGAUAACUUGUCACCAAGAAAUUUGAUUGGGAGAGGGCAAUUUGGAGAGGUGUAUAAAGGCAAACUAGGAGAUGGCAGCUUGAUCGCCGUGAAGAAAGUAAUCGAUACAGAGUUGGAGUUUGUGAGCGAAGUCGAGAUCAUCACCAGUUUGCGCCACCGAAACCUGGUCCCUCUCCGUGGCUGCUGCGUCGACGACACCACCGAUCAAAAAUACCUCAUCUACGACUACAUGCCCAACGGCAACCUAAGCGAGCACCUCUUCCCAAAACAGAGAGGGUCGGACAGAGCAAUGCCGUGGCCGCAGAGGAAGAGCGUGAUCUUGGACGUCGCCAACGCGUUGCUCUACCUCCACCGCGGCGUCAACCCUCCGGUCUACCACCGGGACAUCAAGCCGACGAACAUACUCUUGGACGCGCAGAUGAGGGCGAGGGUGGCGGAUUUCGGGCUGGCCAAGCGAGGGGAGAUGGGGGAGGGGCGCCUCACGACGAGGAUAGCGGGGACGCACGGGUACUUGGCGACAAAUAAAAGGAAAGCAGAAAAGAAAGCUAUACGAUGGCAGAAAAUCAGUGUGUAUAUAAAAUACUUCCAGAUACAACUUAUUUAUAGGCAAGCUGCUCAACAACUUCCUAAAAUCUCUCUAGCACUAUCUGCCACUAACAAAACAGAAUAA